GGUGAGGGGCUUCAGGGACAAUUCCUGGGCCAGUGGAGGUGUUUCCGCCCGUGGCAGACAAGCCGGGGCGCGAGUGCGGGCACGUGUGGACCUCUAAGCGCUCCUGAAUCAGGACGAGAGCACGCCUGGCCUCCUCCUCUGCGGAUUCCGCCGCGAGGUUCCUUAAUGACUGCAGCUUAAAGUUCCCGCGGUUGCCGGGAGGCUGGGCUUCGGAGGAAGGUAUCAAGAAACAAUGUUUCUUUGAAUUUGCUUCUGUAUUUGCCUCAUCAAUGUCAUUCAUAUUGAGUAUCUUACGAGAGAUGCUGGAAUAUUUUGGUGUUCCCAUAAACCAGGUUUUACACAUUUGGGAAAACAAAGACUAUGGAUCAGCUCGGAGUAUUGUUCGUAUCAUUGGGAAAUUUCUUCCUUUAGAACCUUGUCCCAGGCCUAAUUUUGAGCUGGUUCCGCUCUUGAACUCUAUGGACCCGGCUAACUUUGGAUCUGUAGUUCCGUCUUUUGCUGACGUUUGGUGUGUGGCACAUGAUGAGGAAGCCAGUUAUCUCAGAUUUCGAAAUACUACGUGGAAAAAUGAAGAAGAGGAGAAAAUUGCAUCUUUUCAUCCUUUGCAACUAGUUGAAGGUCCAUUGACACCUGCUUUAAGGCAUAACAAACCAAGAGAAAAUGAUUGGCCUGAAAGUGAAACUGCAAUUAAAAAGAUAGCUGCCCUUGAAGAUGAGCUAGCUUUUCUUUGCUCUCAGAUUGCCACAAUUGUGGGACGGCAAGAACUGGGGAACAGUACAAAAGCUGGUUUCUUGAACUUGAAUGACAGGCCUAGUGGUUUUGGACAAAAGCCAUCAUCAGGGGCUACUCAACUCAAUGUCAAAGAAGAUUCGUUUUCAAGUUCAGUGCUUCCUUCUUCUCUUCCUCCACCACCGCCUCCUCAGAUUUCUUCUGUGCAGCCUCCAUGUUCUUCUCUCAAGAAAAUAGCAUCUAAUAAUAUUUGUGCAUCAGAUAAUUCAACAACUGAAGUGAAAAAUCUGCAACCAGAUGCUAGGAAGACCAAUUAUAGUCAUCCUUCAAAACACCAGAAAAAUGAAGAUAUUCCAAACAUGUUGGAUGUUCUAAAGGAUAUGAAUAAGGUUAAACUACGUGCUAUUGAAAGGUCUCCUGGAGGCAGACCCAUUCAUAAAAGGAAAAGAGAAGACUCACCUUGGGAUCCAGUGUCUCUAAUAUCCCAUGCACUUAAGCAGAAAUUUGCAUUCCAAGAAGAAGAUUCCUUUGAGAAAGAAGAUAAUUGUUGGGAGUCUUCUCCAUUUUCUAGUCCAGAAACUUCAAGGGUGCGCUUAUAAUUUUGGACCCCCGUCUCUCAAGUCAGAAGUAUGUUGAACUGAAGGAAGAACCUACAAACCCAGCAGGUGUAGACCAAGCCAUGAGCAACAGGGGCUGUGUCUACCCCUCCAAGGCAGGCCUGCAGAAGUAUACCGACAAGCCUCUCCCUGCCUGUGAAAGGAUCGUGACUCCUGUUAAUGAAUUUAAAUGUAGUCUGUACACUGGGGUAUGUUAUGCAAAGGUCAGAAGGAUGCUGACCUGUGUCUGGUUUUUAUAAGAUCCAACAGUUAACGGGCUACUGAUGAUAGUCAGGUGUAUGGAUCUUUUUCAUUUUUUUCCCACAUAUGUUAAGUUUAUUAAAGCUGAAUAAAUACUUUGAAUGAUUUUCCUAAGAGCUAAAUAGUAAAUGAUUUAAUGUUUCUCAUUUGAGAAUGGUAAGACCUCAUUAUAAGGUAACAGAAACCAUUUAGUGGAUUAAGAAAGUAAUGUAAACUAAGUCUGUAUUGUACUACACAGCCAAUGAUGGUACAUUUGGGUUUUUAAAAAAGAUUUCUUAAAUCAGUUAUGACUUGCUUAUUUAAGUGUCUUUGACUCUUUUAAAGAUUGGUAGUGAUGUGGUCUACCUGGCCUCCAACAACUUGGAGAUUUUCAAAGAAUAUAAACUUAUAAUUUUUUCACUAAGAGAGUCAUACUUUGGAUCAUAGAUUGAACCCUCCAAAACACUUGAGGUGAUAAAGAAUUAUUCUUAGAAGCUGAUUUUGAUUGUUAAAUGCUCAAUUGUAGAAGUAUUUAAAGAAUCUUCCUGAUAAGUUUUGCCUACACUUGCUAUGUAAAUAUGUACACCUGUCAUUUUAUUUCCUUUGUUCUUUAUUGUGCUCUGUUCCUUUGUAAGUAAAUACACCUU